UAUUAUGGAUCACUUGAAGCAGUGGGUUGCUUGUAUACACGUGACUCCACUCUGCUAGUAUAUGAAGCUCUGCAAUGGCCUGUAGGACUGUACUCUGCCAAUAGCAACGCGAACACCAUGGAGGGAGGAAACUGGCACCAGAAGGCCUGUGUGUAUGGCCUGAUAGCAGCACUGAUGAUUAUGAUAACGACAACGUGCAUCGAUGCUUAUCCUACAUACGAGGCAUGGGACAUGAAAGAAAUAACAGAAGAAGACAUGAAUAAACCUACACAUUGUCAGUCAGAUAUUGAAGCAGAAACAGUGUGUCAAAGAUGCGCCAAAUCAACCAAAUCAAUAAAAGUAUACCCAAUGUGUUGUGAUCGUAAUGACAAUGUGCUGGAAUGGUGUGAGAUAUACCUGAAACAUGGCAUCCAGGGUUCAGAACCAAUGUAACUGGCAAAAAAAGAAAAUGGUAAAAGACCUAUCAAUUAUUAAUGAAGGGAUUUUAACCACUUGAAAGUAAAUACAGUGCACUUCUCACUACAUCCUCCAUUCCAUCAAGGGAUGAAGAGUGAUAGGAUCUGCUUCAUACGGGUAAACCAAACUAUGAACAUUCUAACUGCACCUUUGGGUUUUGAGAUGACUCAGUUGGGCAAAAGAAAUGUGACAUAAUUUCCCUGGAUUCCAUUCAAAUUUGUGCCUUAAGUAAAAUAAUACUUACAUGAUUUAUUCUUGGUCAUUUUGUGUGUAAAUAAUCAAUUAUAUAAAUUAUCUUGCAAUACAAAAACUUGUAAGGAAAAAUUCUCACCAGUCUCAAAUAUUACAUACAAGAAAGAACCAUUCUAUCAUUCACUCAUUCACUGUGAUAUAAUUGUGAGGUUUAAAUGAAUUGAAAUUUAUGAGUCUCUUUUAUUUAUUACUCACACACAAGAAAAGUAAAACAGACUCUGAAUACAGAGUGUCAGAAAGAUUUAAGAACAAAAAUAUUUAUUUUUAUUUUUUACAUUAUUGUGUAUUACAAUUAUGAAACACUGAAUCUAUUAAUGCUGAUAGAAGCUGAAUAAUAAAAAGUAUCGUGCCUCUCACUAUAAAGAGUGUAUGAAUUCAUAAUUAAUGAGACCUAUUAUGGAGUCUGUGUGAUGUACUAUGCUUGUCUUCUACAAGCACAAAGUGAUGUAAUAAAGUUUAUUGUCCGUGUAGGAUUUAGUUCAGAGGUGCAAUGAAAUAUUAGUAAGUCAAAUCUAUAUUUUAUUACAGAUUUUAAUAAACCAACUACUAUAAUGACAAAGCUUUAUUUGAUAAUUGUUAAGUUUUGUUAGAAAGAUUGCUUUCUUUGUUCGUGUUACUCCAGAUAUUCCACAAGUUCUGAAAC